AUGUCAACAACAGAACCUGAGGUCACACCUGAAAAUGUUGUUGAGAUCCUUAAGAAUGAUACCAAGGUGAAGGUGGCAGGAGUGGACGUUGAUGGGAUCCUGCGCGGGAAGCUCAUGAAGAAAGACAAGUUUCUGUCUAUCAUCACCGAAGGCUUCGGGUUCUGCUCCGUUAUCUUCGGCUGGGACCAACAUGAUGCAACCUACUACAAGGAACUGACCAUCAGCAACAAGGAGAACGGAUAUCGAGAUCUCGUGGCAGUUCCAGAUCUACGCAGUUUUCGUCGCAUUCCAUGGGAGAACAAUGUGCCCUUCUUCCUCAUUAGCUUCCUAGACCCAGAUACUCGAGAGCCAGUCUGCGCCUGUCCACGCGGAUUGCUGAAGACGGCGGCAGCGAAAGCCGAGGCCGCGGGGUAUCGGGCUAUGGCCGGUGCGGAAUAUGAGUUCUACCAGUUUCGCACACCGGGGAACCAUUCAACCCCUGAACAAGCUGCGUCUGCAACGGCCGCCUUCCUCCAGACCAAUCCUCCCGAUGCGCUUCCGUCAUUAACAGAAGGCAUGUUUGGGUAUUCCAUAACUCGGCCUCUCCAUAACCAAGACUACUACUAUGGGAUCUUCGACGCCUGCGAGAAAUUCCGUUGCGAUAUUGAGGGGUGGCACACCGAAAGUGGACCGGGAGUGUUCGAAGCCGCAUUACAAUUCGGCGAGGCAAAGGAUAUGGCCGAUAAGGCUGGGUUGUUCAAAUAUACCGUCAAGGCAUUCGGGAUCAAACAUGGCAUCACCCCGUGCUUCAUGGCCAAACCUCGACAAGGCCUACCUGGCAACAGUGGGCACAUGCACAUCUCGCUGGUCACGGCCGACGGAAAGAACGCCUUCAUCCGCGAUACCCCGGAUCCCUCCCCUCAAUAUCCCGAUAUCGCUCAUCUGUCCGAUCUGGGGCGACACUUCUUGGCGGGUCUUCUCAUCGGCCUGCCGGACAUCAUGCCGAUCCUGGCCCCGACCAUCAAUUCCUACAAACGACUGGUGGAGAACUUCUGGGCCCCCGUCACGGUCUCAUGGGGACUCGAGCACCGGGCGGCGUCCAUCCGCCUCAUCACCCCGCCGACGGCGAGCGCGAAAGCGACUCGAUUUGAGGUGCGGGUGCCCGGCGCGGACACCAACCCUCAUUUUGUGCUGGCCGCGAUCCUAGCCUUGGGGUGGCGAGGAGUUGAGCAGAAGCUCGAGAUCCCCGUGCCGCCCCUCGCCCGCGGCGAAGACAUGGGGGGUGCCAGUGAUCAAGGUGUGCGAUUGGCCAAAUCAUUGAAGGAAGCCAUUGCUACAUUUUUGCGACCGGAGAGUGUUGCGCGGGAGGUCUUUGGGGAUUCAUUUGUCGAGCACUUCGCGGGCACUCGGGAGCACGAGGUUCGCUUGUGGGAGGAGGCGGUGACUGAUUGGGAGGUGAAGCGAUACAUUGAGACGGUGUAA